GGGCCGAAUAAUUGUAAGAUGGGCUUCCAGAAGCCCAACUCAACCAAUUAAUGCUUGUUUGCUCUUCCGAUUGGAGCCUUCAACGAACCAUGAUCACAUAAAAAUUAAAGAGACGAUGAUAAGUGGGACCAUAGAAGCAACGGAAAUCGUUACCCACCACCUCACAAUGCUCAGUACAAUCCAAGCAAACACACUGCUCUCACAGAAACCUGAACAAGAAUAAUAUCAAAAACAAGAAGAGCUAGUGAAGUGAAGAACAAGAGAGCAGUGAAGACCGAAAGAAAGCUAAACCCCAUGGCUGCCAUAACACCACCAACAUCAUCUCAUCUCCUCUCCGCAAGCUCACGUUCGCUUUCUCGCCUCUCUCCUUUCCAAUUAUGCGUCUUUGACACCAAGACACUAGUCUCAUUCCCCAGCAACCAUAUCAGUAAGAAAAAACAUGUUGCUGGUGGAGUUAAGUGUAUGGCUGUUAGCACCACCUCAGAUGCAGAGACCAAAAAGAAAAAUAUGUUCGAGAUUCAAACACUGACAAAUUGGCUGUUGAAGCAGGAACAGGCAGGCGUUAUUGAUGCUGAACUUACUAUUGUGCUCUCUAGUAUUUCAAUGGCAUGUAAGCAGAUUGCUUCUUUGGUGCAAAGAGCCAGCAUUUCUAACUUAACUGGAGUUCAGGGUGCUGUUAAUGUUCAAGGAGAAGACCAGAAGAAGCUUGAUGUGGUCUCUAAUGAGGUGUUUUCUAACUGCUUGAGAUCAAGUGGGCGUACGGGGAUCAUAGCAUCAGAAGAAGAGGAUGUACCAGUAGCAGUGGAGGAGAGUUACUCUGGAAACUACAUAGUGGUCUUUGACCCACUUGAUGGGUCAUCCAACAUUGAUGCUGCUGUGUCCACUGGUUCCAUCUUUGGAAUAUACAGCCCAAACGAUGAGUGCCUAGCUGAUGUUGGUGAUGACAACACUCUUGACAGCACAGAACAAAGGUGUAUUGUGAAUGUCUGCCAGCCAGGAAGCAACCUUCUUGCUGCUGGCUACUGCAUGUAUUCAAGUUCAGUGAUUUUUGUUAUCACCAUUGGAACAGGCGUGUACGCCUUCACCUUGGAUCCAAUGUAUGGAGAAUUUGUUUUAACUCAAGAAAAGAUUCAGAUACCAAAGGCCGGAAAAAUUUAUGCAUUUAAUGAAGGAAACUACCAAUUGUGGGACGAUAAGUUGAAGAAGUACAUUGAUGACCUUAAAGACCCUGGCCCUAGUGGCAAGCCCUACUCCGCUAGAUACAUUGGCAGUUUGGUUGGUGACUUCCACCGGACACUUUUAUAUGGUGGAAUUUAUGGUUAUCCCAGAGACAAGAAAAGCAAGAAUGGAAAGCUGAGGCUCUUGUACGAGUGUGCACCUAUGAGCUUUAUAGUCGAACAAGCUGGUGGGAAAGGAUCAGAUGGGCAUCAGAGAAUACUUGAUAUCCAACCAACAGAGAUACAUCAGCGAGUUCCACUUUACAUUGGGAGCCAGGAAGAAGUGGAGAAAUUGGAGAAGUACUUGGCUUGAUUGAAUUUGUAAAAGCAAAGACAGUAAUUUUGCUUUUGAAGAUAAAUGCAUCUUUGAUAGUUUCUGAAAAAAAUACAUUACUGAGAGCAAGAGAGAAGCCAUUUCUGUUCAAUAUAUGUCACCUAGUUUUUGGUCCACAAUGAAAGAAAUUGUUGUGGAUUUAGCAAAGAAGUAAGUGGGUGAUUCAAAAUUAAUUUUAAGCUGAUUUUUAACUGAA